GUUCUGCAGGUCAGUGUCCAAAAUGGGCCUCACUGGGCUAAAAGCAAGGUGUGGGCAGGGCUGCGUUCCUUUCUGGAGGCCCUGGGGGAGCACCCACAGUCUGGGUUUUUCCAGCUUCUACAGGCUGCCCACCUUCCUGGACUUAUGUUCUGCUUCCACCUUUAAAAACAGUAACGGCCAGCGGUGUCUUCUCAUGACGCCAUCUCUGAUUCUGAUCCUCCCGCCUCCCUCCUAUAACGACCCUGCUGACUACAUCAGGCCCACGGGAUAAUCCAGGGUGAGCUCCCCACCUCCCCCAUCCCCGCCAUCGCAAGAUCCUUAACUGAAUCACACCUGCCGAGUCUCGUUACCAUGUAGGGCAACACCAUCACAGGUUCCAGGACACGGACAUCUUUGGAGGCCACUGUUCUGCUGUGGCCAGGCUUCCCUCCAGGGGUCCCAUUAGGGCCCAGACUGAUUUCCCCAGGCUUUAGUCCAGUAUCAGAGAGCACACUUUUCUACUGCCUGUCCUGGAAAAAAUUCCAGGGUUUUCUCCGAUUGUGCUAACUUGGGUCACACGCUCACUGCCAAACCAAUGGUCAUGGCUACUGGAAUGGACCUGAGUCUCAGGCCCACCCCUAGAGCUAGCGUUCAGUCAGCCCCCAUCGUGACCUGGAGGAGAGGAGUGUGAUACCUCCAAGGAGAGUUGAGGAGUCUUACAGAAGAAGAGGGAGGGGACGCCGACCACUGUAGACCUUAAAGAGUUUGUAUCCAUAUCCAGGUGGAAGGUGUGCUCCCAGGCACACAGCCGGCACGAGGUAGGGCCGUGAUUUGAACCUGUGUGGGACCAGUUCUUGCCAGGACAUCAGCUCCCACCCUGCAGCUAACGGGGCAUUAGCAGAUCUGUUCAGUACUCGGAGUGCCAUGGAGCACAGUGGUGGCCUGGGUGACAACCUCAUCUGAGGUUACUAUGGGACAUGUCGAGGAAGGUACGUGGUUAACACAAUCACUGGCAAGGUAGAUACCCUCAGAGAAAAGGGAAAUUUCCAUUUUACUCCUAAAAGAAUCUUUAAAGCCAAACUCAAAUCAAAGAGCAAAGUAUAAUAACUUCCUCUGAGCAAAUUUAUAAUUAAUCCUGGAUUAAUUGGCCUUAAUGAAGUUGAAUUAAUUACUAGCUGUUCGUAAAGAACUUUGAACUACCUUCGUACAAAAUGGCAUUAAAGAAACAGAAAGGAACCAGCAUCGCAUUAACAUUAAGAACAAACCCCAAAUAAUCGCAGUUCUGCAGGCCGUUCCCUGUCAAUCAUUUCCCAGGGACCAGGCCCAGCCCUGGAACCCAGGCUGGGACCCAGAAGUCUGCUGCAGAGGAUGGUGUCUUCGUGGGCUGGAGGUUUGGAGGUGGGUCCACUCAAGAAACAGUUAUGGAGCCUUUGAUGGGCCAGGCCGAGGGCAAGCAAAGAUGUGUAAGGGGUCCUCAGCCUGCUGGGACAGGGAAGAGCACCAGGGCACCAGCCUGGUCUAAAGCAAACUCGCCUCACUGGGGGUAGAAGCCAGGAUAGAGACAAAGGACAAAGGACAAAGGAGGGGGCGUGAUGUGACCUGCAUUUUGCUGGCAACAGGGCUCCAGUUCCUACAGGGUGUCCCCCACACUCUCCCUGGCUCUUGGAGUGAGCUUAUGACUCACACCUGCCUAGGCAGAGGUCUGUAUUUCUCUGCUUGGUGCAGGGGCACAGCUGACCCCAGGAUACAGUCUGAAUCUGGCUGACUUUUCAGACAACUCAGAGCUGCCGUCUCCUUGGCACUUGUGGAGACAGGGCUGGACCCCAGGCUCCUGCCGGGGCAGCACUUGUCUUGGAGCCAGCUGUGGUGGGAGUUGGAGACGGUAAGACCUGGCUUAAAGCCCCAGCCCUGCCGCUGGUGAACGCUUAGGUGUAAGUCGGGCCGGGUAACUGCUACAGCCCGCAGCCCCAAGUCUUGGUGGCUUCACUAGGCAAAAUGUCUCUCAGAUUUCAAAUAGAAACACUCUCGUCUCUUGAAAAGUGGGAAGAUGAGGCAGUGUUGGGCUAGCAUUCCCGCCUGGUGUCGCUUGGCCGAAGCUGAGCCGCGGCUCCCCAUCUGUCGACACAGGACAUGUGCUCUCCACCUCCGCGGUCUCCACCACCCCGGGCACCUUAAACCCUGCUGAUUUCUCUCCGGCGAGUCACCUGCCUGGCCAGGGCAGACAUUUCAAUUUGUGAUCCGUGUUGUUGCCCGUGGGCGACACCUUUUCUGUGGGUGACAUUUGAAGAGCAUGAGCGUCGCGGGCCCUCCCCAGCACGCGCGCGCGCACACGACCUUCUGCGUACAGUUUGGCGGCCCGCUGAGGCCAGGCUGACUGCCCGGGUCCGAGAUUCUCCGAGCAGCCUUCCCAGGUUUCCCGCGCUGGCUCUUCGGCACGACGGGCUCAGCUUCGCGGCCCGCCCUCUCUGCCCCGGGCCUGGUCCUUCCACCGCUGCUGUAUUUCCCCAGGGCUUCUCGGGGUCCGUAGUGGUCUGGUUCCGUCUUUACUCCCGGUUAUUGUUCCCCCCACCCCGGGUCCUCCAUGUCCCGCGGGGAGAGCGACCUGUCCCCGCGCGGUGGACAGAAGGCGCCGGGUGCCCAGAGGGCGCUCAGCUAGAGCCCGUGGAAACGAACGAACGAACGAGAGGACGAACGGAGGGCGGCCCCGGCCCCGGCCCCGGGCUCCCCGGCUCGGCGGACUGAGCGAGCGGCCGGAAGCUUCGGCGCCGGAACGCGCGAGCGGAGCGCGGGCGGCGGGGGCCGGCUUAGCGGGCGGACCGCAGCGGCGGCAUGGCGGGCCGGCGGGUGAACGUGAACGUGGGCGUCCUAGGCCACAUCGACAGCGGCAAGACGGCUCUGGCGCGCGCGCUCAGCACCACGGCCUCCACCGCCGCCUUCGACAAGCAGCCGCAGAGCCGCGAGCGCGGCAUCACGCUCGACCUAGGCUUCUCGUGCUUCUCGGUGCCGCUGCCCGCGCGCCUGCGGCCGGCGCCGCUGGGGGCCGAGCCCGAGCCCGAGCCCGGGGCCGAGCCGCGGCUGCAGGUCACGCUGGUCGACUGCCCCGGGCACGCCUCCCUCAUCCGGACCAUCAUCGGCGGGGCCCAGAUCAUCGAUCUGAUGAUGCUGGUCAUUGACGUGACCAAGGGGAUGCAGACCCAGUCGGCUGAGUGCCUUGUGAUUGGGCAGAUCGCCUGCCAGAAGCUGGUCGUGGUGCUGAACAAGAUAGACCUCCUACCUGAAGGGAAGAGACAGGCGGCGAUUGAUAAGAUGACCAAGAAGAUGCAGAAGACCCUAGAGAACACCAAGUUCCGAGGUGCACCCAUCAUACCCGUGGCGGCCAGGCCUGGGGGACCGGACGCCCCUGAAACGGAAGCUCCACAGGGCAUCGCAGAGCUCAUUGAGCUCCUGACGUCCCAGAUUUCCAUCCCAAGGAGAGACCCCUCGGGACCGUUCCUCAUGUCUGUGGACCACUGCUUCUCCAUCAAAGGCCAAGGCACUGUGAUGACAGGGACCAUCCUCUCAGGCUCCGUCAGCCUCGGUGACAGUGUGGAGAUCCCUACCCUCAAGGUGGUGAGGAAGGUGAAGUCCAUGCAGAUGUUCCACACACCCGUCACGUCUGCUGUGCAGGGGGACCGGCUGGGCAUCUGUGUCACCCAGUUCGACCCCAAGCUGCUGGAGCGUGGCCUGGUGUGCGCCCCCGAGUCCCUGCACACGGUCCAUGCAGCCCUCGUCUCCGUGGAGAAGAUCCCGUAUUUCCGGGGAUCCCUGCAGACCAAGGCCAAGUUCCACAUCACCGUGGGCCACGAGACGGUCAUGGGCCGGGUGAUGUUCUUCAGCCCCGCCCCCGACAGCUUCGACCAUGAGCCCGUGCUGGACUCCUUCGACUUCUCCCAGGAGUACCUCUUCCAGGAGCAGUACCUGUGCCCGGGCUCAGUGCCGGCCGAGACGGACCGUGGUGAGGCCGACAGCAGGGUGGGCCAGGCCUCCGAAGGCCGCUGCCCCCGGCAGCAGUGGGCCCUCGUGGAGUUCGAGAAGCCCGUCACCUGCCCGCGGCUGUGCCUGGUGAUUGGCUCCAGGCUGGACGCGGACAUCCACGCCAACACAUGCCGGCUGGCCUUCCACGGCGUCCUGCUCCACGGGCUGGAAGAUAAGAACUAUGCCGAGAGCGCCCUGCCCACGCUGCGAGUGUACAAGCUGAAGCACAAGCACGGCAUCGUGGAGCGGGUGAUGGACGACUACAGUGUGAUCGGCCGCUCCCUGUUCAAAAAGGAGACCAACAUCCAGCUCUUCGUGGGGCUCAAGGUGCACCUGUCCACUGGGGAGCUGGGGGUCAUUGCCAGCGCCUUCGGCCAGAGUGGCAAGUUCAAGGUCCACGUCCCUGGUCUUUACCCAAGAGAUCUGAAAACAUACGUCCACACAAAAGCUUGCACACGAAUGUUCAGAGCAGCAUGAGUUGGGACAGUCAAAAAGUGGAGAGGACCCGAAUGCCCAUCAACUGAUGAAUGGAUAAAUGAAAUGCGGUCCUACCAUGCAAAGGACUAUGCAUAGCCAACAAAAGGAUGAAAUACGGAUACGGACUCAACAUGGAUGAACCUCGGAAACAUUAUGUUCAGUGAAAGAAGCCAGAUAGCAAAGUCACAGAUCGUAAAAUUCCACUUACAAAAGUGUCCAGGAUAGGUAAAUCCAUAAUUGUAGAGAGUACCUCUGUGGUUGCCAGGGGCGGGGGGGACCUAGUGGGAUGGCACUGACUGCUAGUGGCUGUGCCUCCCUUUUUGGGGACAAAAUGUUCUAAACUUAGAUUGUGGUAAUGGUUGCACC